UUGAACUUAUAUUUUAAAAUGCGAACAACUGUACUUUUGAGUUUAGCUGCACUCGUAGGAGUUGCUUAUUGUGGCGGAUAUGGUGCCCAAGCUUAUGGAAUGGGAGGUGGCGGAGGUGGUUAUAAUCGUCCAAUGAAUUCAUACGGAAAUGGUUAUAACAAUGGCGGAGGUUUCAAUAAUUAUGGAAAUGGUGGAGGAUUUGGUGGAAACAAUUACAACAAUGGUCCACCACCAUUCGAUGGCGGAUACAAUAGACCGUAUGGAGGAGGAGGUGGAGGUGGAUAUGGAAGACCACAAGGAUAUGUUCCUCCACCCCCACCACCACCAACACAGCCAGAACCAGAACCAGAGCCACGUCCAGAGCCACAACCGGAGCCACAACCAGAACCACAACCAGAGCCACAACCAGAACCACAGCCAGAGCCGCACCCUGAACCAGCUCCAGAGCCAAUUGUUAAACCAUACAACUCUUACGCUCAACCACAUAACAGUUAUGUUAGAUAUGGUGGAAAGUAAAUUUAUUACAUCUUAAACUUCCUUGAUUUCAUUUUUUGUUUUCGCUAUUACUUCUUUGAAUCCAAACCCAAAAACCAAAACCCGUUUUCACAAUGAAAAUGAAGAUUGAUUGAU